AUGCAUUCGACAUUGCAGGAGCUAAGGCUGACACAGCGUGCCCUGCGUUAUUCGUGCCGUCAGUGCUCCGCGCGCUGUCACUCACCAAGGAGAGCCUUCCAUCACGGUCCGCCGCUCCGGAACUCUCAAGAGCCUGGAAGCAAUACAGGGUCGACGCCGGCGCCUACUUCGAACGAUAAUAAGGAUGGCGCAGACAGGAAGCCUGCGAUAGCGCCUACUCUGACACCAUCAAACACUCCGUAUCUCCCACACGUGCCGCCAGCUGUAGGACAUGGACCUCCGGCUCCAGAAUCGGAUCAGCCCGUUGCUCCUGCUUUCUAUGGUUCGAGCUGGAAUAGAAGGCAAAGGGUGAAAGCGCAGCAAGAGUCAUCUGAACCGCCUACUGUUGCACCCCAAUGGUUUUACGAUCAGAAUGUAACAACGUGGGGCGAGGGACAAUUAACAGUGGAGGGACGUAGUCAGGUGCGAUACCUGGAUGAGUACGAAGCCGAGCCUUUGUCACGCGGUGGAUCGCCCAGCGAUGGAAGCUCUGCAGGCCCCCCGAAAGACGAAAACAGCUCUUCCACCUCCGAGGCCGUGCAGAGCGCAAGUAAAGACGGCCCGGAGCCAUCCGAAACCGGCCCACAGGUUGGUGAAGAAGAUUCGACUUUCGAUAGGCCAAGGUAUUACGUUGGCGCAAAUCAGUGGGAUGAGAUCUUGACUACGGCCCGCGGUUUGUUGCGAGGACGUCCCAAACAACAACAUCAAGGCGAGCCGGCUGCAUUGGCUAGCAACCUUGUUCUUCAUUACGCUGGCAAGAAUGGCGAGUACCUUCUCGAUGAAGUCGUCCAUGACCUUGCGAGCAAGACAGGCAGUGACCUUCUCACCCUCGAUGUCCAGGACAUCGCGGACUUGAUCAGCCAAGCCGGCUCGGCGUCGAAGGAUCCCUCCGCAGUGGAAGGCAGAAUGCUGAGCUACGAUCUGCUCACAGAAGCUCCUCAACCGGCGGACAAUCCUCCCGACGAGAAGGCGGCGGAGCUUGAAGCCGUAGAAGACGAUGAUGGCUUCGAUGAAAGUGGCGGCUUUGACAUGCCUGGUAUGCCAGGUGCAUCAGGUCCACCGAUGCUCUUCAGCAAACCAAUCACAAUCGAUUUCAGCAACUUCUUCCCAGGACCAUCGCAGUCUCGAGGCAGGCAAAAACCAUCUUCGCUGAGCCAGCUCCUUUCGAGCCGCUCAUCGUCACAACAGUCCUAUGGCCAGAAUUUUCUCUCCAGUCCGGCUGUGCCGUUUCGCAAUCUUGUGGAAAGCCUUUUGUCGGUUCUACCAAGUAAGAAGCUCGGUGCACAGCACAACGAAGAAAGAGAUCAGCUGUCUGCAGAACAAAAUCUACCCAAACAGUCUACCAUAAUACACGUCAAAGAUGUCAAGGGUAUUCAGAACAUUCUUGUCGGCAGUCAGUUUCUCAACAACCUGUACACACUUGUCGAGAACAGAAGAAACAAUGGCGAGUCCAUCAUGAUCGUGGGCACAGAAGGUCCUAAAGAUGCCGCCGAAUAUCCUGCGAGUAAGAUCGAAACCGUGCAGCGUACCCCCGAAGCAGGCGAGAUAUCCAGAACCAUCGUGAUCACGCCGAUGUUAGUCGACAAACAAGCCUCAGACGUCCUCCUGGACGACCGCAAACGAAGGGUCGCUACAGUGAACCUACGUCAUCUGUGGGAGAUGAUGAGGGUGACGUCUAAAGACAACUUCCUGAACCUCGAACCUGGGUUCUGGAACAGGAACAUUUGCGCCGAGUUGACGGACCUCGAUCAGCUGCGCCUGAGCAAGCAGGUGUGGUCAUUCCACUACGUUCACCGAUUAGCCAGCUACAUUAGUGGCAUACAAGACCAAGAGGCGUUCGUCGAGCUGGAUGAACGGGAGGAAGGCAAGAUCCUUCCUCUGAUUGAUGCCGUUGGCCGCAAGCUCACUCUUAGCGACGCCAGCAAAUUUAUGUGGGCAGACAAGCUUGCAAAGGAGGACUCCCGUCGCAGGCGUGUCUUCAGCCCGCGUCGAAAAUAUCCAAGCAAAGUUGAAAAACUCAAGUCCUCUGUUACUAAGCAUGAGAAGCGUCUGCUAAGCGGCGUCAUUGAGAGCGACAAAAUCAGUACCACUUUUGACGAUGUGCACGUACCUGCCGAGACCAUCGAUGCUCUGCAAACCCUGACCACACUUUCGCUCGUCCGUCCCGAGGCCUUCACCUACGGCGUGCUAGCGUCCGAUCGGAUCCCGGGCCUCCUGCUCUAUGGCCCGCCAGGAACAGGCAAGACACUUCUGGCCAAGGCGGUCGCCAAAGAAUCUGGCGCUACAAUGCUCGAAGUCAGCGCCGCUGAUCUCAACGAUAUGUAUGUUGGUGAGGGUGAGAAGAAUGUCAAAGCGCUGUUCAGCUUGGCCAAAAAGCUGUCACCCUGUGUCGUGUUCCUCGACGAGGCGGAUGCAAUGUUCAGCGCUCGCUCGGCACACGGCCGUCGGGUCAGUCAUCGCGAGCUCCUCAACCAGUUCCUCAAGGAAUGGGAUGGAAUGAGCAAUGAUGCGGGAAGCGCCUUCCUGAUGGUCGCCACCAACCGGCCCAUGGACUUCGAUGACGCCGUGCUUCGACGUCUGCCGCGACGUUUGCUUGUCGACCUACCAACGGAAAGUGACCGGCUCGAAAUCCUCAAGAUCCACCUCAAAGCUGAGGCCGUCGCCUCCGACGUCUCCUAUGCAGAUCUCGCGAAGAAGACACCCUUCUACUCUGGUUCCGACCUCAAGAAUCUCUGCGUGGCCGCGGCACUCAACGCAGUGCGCGAAGAGAACGCGGCCGCUAAGCGACAUCGCACCGAGAAUCCGGCUGCGAUAGACUAUGUGUAUCCGGAGAAGCGGACGCUCACAAACGACCAUUUUGACAAGGCGCUCCAGGAGAUCACCGCGAGUGUGAGCGAGGACAUGAGCAGCUUGAAGGAGAUCAAGAAGUUUGACGACGUAUACGGAGACAAGAAGGGGAAGAAGAGGAAGGUUCCGAAAUGGGGGUUUCGAGGCGUAACGGAGCCCGAUGGUGUUCUAGAUACGGUCAAAGUGCGCGAGUAG